AUGGUGUCACCACCUGCCAACUCUCUUUUAUUGUUAGCUGUUAAGCGCGCAAUAAAUAUUGGAAACGCCAAGAUUUACAUCCAGCAUCAAAGAUUCUAUUCCAAUACUGAUUACUCAACUUAUGAAGUUAGUGCUGAAGACGUUCCAGGUUUCCUUAAUGCAUUAGUUGAUCAAAGCUUCAACAACUUACCAGAAUCAUUAAAGAAACACAAGGCUGAAUUGAUUGACACUCACGUUACAUGGGAUGGAUUGAAAUAUGAAAUGUGCUGCAACACAUUUUAUGCUGUUAAUAAAGGAAGGCUCUACUUCUUCACAUACUGCUUCCAGCCAAAGGAUGACCUCAAAUCAAUUCAAGCAGAAACACUUAGCUUUGAAAUCACCUGCAGAUUAGCCGACACUUGCAUUUGCUCAACACUCAUGCAGAGAACAUCAAUGGGUCAUCGUAAAUUCGACGAAAAGAGAUAUAUUAAGCCAGCAGUUACUAACAAGGACUUCAUUGAUGCUUUGACCCUUGCUGUUUCUCCACUCCUUGGAUCGUUCGAUAUCAAGACACCUUCUAAUAUUGGUUACGAACUUCAGGCUCAGGCUUUCGAAACACCAAGCACAAUUCCAAGUGAUGCUCCACGUAGAACAGUUUACAACAAGUACAAGCAGAUGAGUGUUGUUGUUACUGAUCCAGCUGUUCUCAAGCUCCUUCCAAGCCGUUGGGAAUAUGUCUCAACAAAGGAUAUCAUCAGAAACAACGGCUACGUCUUUGAGUAUUAA